AUGGAGUACACGCCGCCCCCCAAGCCGCAGCUCUCCUCUCGGGCCAACGCCUUCUCCAUCGCCGCCCUCAUGUCGAGCGGCAGCUCCAAGGACAAGGAGUCCCCCGAGAGCACUAUCAAGCCUCUGGAACAAUUCGUUGAGAAAUCCUCUUGCGCCCAGCCUUUGAGCGAUUUAUCCAGCCUGGACCCUCACGGGGAUUUUAGCAGCAGCCCUUCAUCCCUGUGCACCGAGCCCCUCAUACCCACCACCCCCAUCAUCCCCAGCGAGGAGAUGGCCAAAAUCUCCUGCAGCCUGGAGACCAAAGAGCUCUGGGACAAGUUUCACGAACUGGGUACCGAGAUGAUCAUCACCAAAUCCGGGAGGAGAAUGUUUCCAACGAUCAGGGUUUCCUUCUCGGGAGUGGAUCCUGAGGCCAAGUAUAUUGUGUUAAUGGAUAUAGUUCCUGUGGACAAUAAAAGAUAUAGAUAUGCCUACCACAGGUCUUCCUGGUUAGUGGCUGGAAAAGCUGACCCUCCUCUCCCUGCAAGGUUGUAUGUGCACCCUGACUCCCCAUUCACAGGAGAGCAACUGCUGAAGCAGAUGGUGUCCUUUGAAAAAGUGAAACUCACCAACAACGAGCUGGAUCAGCACGGCCACAUCAUUUUGAACUCCAUGCACAAGUACCAGCCAAGGGUACAUAUCAUUAAGAAAAAGGAUCACACGGCUUCUUUGCUAAAUCUGAAGUCAGAAGAGUUCAGGACGUUUAUCUUUCCAGAGACAGUUUUUACUGCUGUUACUGCCUACCAGAAUCAGUUGAUAACUAAGUUGAAAAUUGACAGCAAUCCUUUCGCUAAAGGAUUCCGUGACUCUUCCAGACUCACUGAUAUUGAGAGAGAAAGUGUGGAGAGCCUUAUCCAAAAGCAUUCCUAUGCCCGAUCCCCCAUUCGAACCUAUGGAGGAGAAGACGAUCUUGGAGAUGAGAGCCAGGCAACACAAAGCAGAGGGUCAGCCUUUACAACAUCUGAUAACCUGUCCCUCAGCUCCUGGGUUUCCUCUUCAACCAGUUUUCCGGGAUUUCAGCAUCCACAGUCUUUGAGUGCCCUGGGUACCAGCACUGCAUCCAUAGCUACACCCAUUCCUCAUCCGAUCCAAGGAUCUCUGCCUCCGUACAGCCGCCUGGGAAUGCCUCUUACACCCUCUGCUAUAGCCAGCUCCAUGCAAGGUAGUGGUCCCACUUUCCCAUCCUUCCACAUGCCUAGGUACCACCAUUAUUUUCAGCAGGGUCCUUAUGCAGCUAUCCAAGGACUGCGUCACUCUUCCGCAGUGAUGACACCGUUUGUAUGAGUGACAAGAGAAACACAACAUUUUAAAUGUGCAAGUUUGGUAUGAAGAAUACAAGGGACCUUUCUGAAAGGCCUGUGGCAGGCGUGCUGAACUUGUAACAAACCAGCUAAAAAAAUGCAUUAUGGAUAUAGAUUCCUCUUUCAAGGGAUCACAAGAAGCGAGCAUGCAGCUUGGAGCUGCUCACAGAUCUAUGUGUAACACAGCCAAAAUGGAUCCCAAAGUCCCCAGGAUUUUUGGUCACAUGCAGCUUGUUCCAAAGGUGCAUUAUACCUAGCAGAAAAAGAUUAUGUUUAUGCAGCAGCGUACAAAUUAAUUGUCUAUAGGUCUUUUUUCAUAUGCUAGAUGGAUUAUGAAAAAGGCAAUACUCUCACUCAUCUUCAUCUCUUCUUGUGGCUGAUGAGCAUCUAAACAGAAAAAUGUAUUGCUAUAACUUUGAGCAUGUUUUAGGCUAUCUCAGCAUACAUUUGUGAAAACACAACAAAGUGGAGAAGACCACUGUCCUUUUUAAGACUGGCUUAUAUUCAUGAAAACCAGUAUUUCUUAGUUGCUACUAUAAUCACAAAGAGAAAAUUAUUGACAAGUAUUUCUUUCUUUCUUUGUUUCUUUCACAAAACACUUA